AUAAAAGCACGAAAUAAUUGUGAUCAAAUCAUAGUUUGAGUUACGGUCAUAAACGGAUCAUAAGAUCCUUUGGCCAAGAUGAUUCUCACUUUCGUGCUCUUCGUUUUAAGCAUACUGCAUGCUCAUGCUGCUCCUCAAGACCCUGGCUUUCAAUGGCCUGUACCAGAUGAUGAUGUAGAAUACGACGUGACCACCACAAAGACGUUGGAUCGAUUCGGUCAUCCAAUUUAUACCGUGAACAUGGUACCGAUUGAAUACGGCGGUGUAACACAUGGUUACUCAACGGCAAACGCUCAAUCGCAGGGGUCGUCAUAUGGCGGUGACCAAGCCGAAAGUUACCGUAAUGGUAAUUCCGGUUACGACGCAUACUCUCAAAACAAUGGACAGGCCAAUAGUGCUGCAACCUCUGGAAGCAGCUAUUUGGCAAAUCAUGGACCAGGAAGCAGCUAUGUGAAAUCUGCCAAUUCAAGAGCAAAUUCACAGAGCGCUUCAAGCAAUUCUCAAAACAGUUUUAAUAGUUAUAAUGGUGCACCAGUUCCUCUGAAUUAUUAUAAUCAAUAUUAUAACCCACCACCGUACGUACCUCCAACUUCAUACCCUCCUCAAGCAGUACCAGCUUACCCACCAUUUGCAUACCAAGGGUAUCCACCCAACUUCUAUCCCGGGAAUACACCCAGAACUCCCCCGUUCUACCCUGGCUUCAAAAAUCCCAACUACCCCGUUCAUACGAUUCCUAAUAAUCCCAUCCCAAUAGUCCCCUUAACUCAACCAGUACAACGUGUUCCAGUUCAAUUACCUAUAUCCCAAAGUGUUCCAAUAGCAAGGCCAUUGCCUCCAUUGACUCCAGUCAGUCCUGUUUCUCAACUACCCUUACGUCAGCCCAUUGUACCAAGUGUUCAAAUACCAAUAAAUACAGCUCAAGCAACAACCUACACUAGCAAUGCGUCUGGAAACGCUUAUGCCACAAGCUCUACGCCUAUAAGGGGAUCUAAUAGUUACAACUAUGGAACUAGCUUUGCCGCUGGCUCAGGAUCAGGCAUAGGCGCAACCUCCACUGGAAACACAGAAGGAACUAGCUCUGCCACUGGUUCAGGAUCAGGCUCUAGCUCUACAUCUAGUGGAAACACAGGAGGAACUAGCUCUGCCGCUGGCUCAGGAUCAGGCUCUGGCUCAUCCUCUACUGGAAACAACGGAGGAAAUAGCUAUGCCGCUGCUCUGCCGCUGGCUCAGGAUCAGGCUCUGGCUCAUCUUCUACUGGAAACAACGGAGGAAAUAGCUCUGCCGCUGGCUCAGGAUCAGGGUCUGGCACAUCCUCUACUGGAAAAAACGGAGGAAAUAGCUCUGCCGCUGGCUCAGGAUCAGGCUCUGGCUCAUCCUCUACUGGAAACAACGGAGGAACUAGCUCUGCCGCUGGCUCAGGAUCAGGCUCUGGCUCAUCCUCUACUGGAAACAACGGAGGAACUAGCUCUGCCGCUGGCUCAGGAUCAGGCUCUGGCUCAUCCUCUACUGGAAACAACGGAGGAAAUAGCUCUGCCGCUGGCUCAGGAUCAGGCUCUGGCUCAUCCUCUACUGGAAACAACGGAGGAACUAGCUCUGCCGCUGGCUCAGGAUCAGGCUCUGGCUCAUCCUCUACUGGAAACAACGGAGGAAAUAGCUCUGCCGCUGGCUCAGGAUCAGGCUCUGGCUCAUCCUCUACUGGAAACAACGGAGGAAAUAGCUCUGCCGCUGGCUCAGUCUCAGGGUCUGGCACUAGCUCUGGCGGAAACAAAGGAGGAACUAGCUCUGCCGCUGGCUCAGGAUCAGGCUCUGGCUCAUCCUCUACUGGAAACAACGGAGGAACUAGCUCUGCCGCUGGCUCAGUCUCAGGGUCUGGCACUAGCUCUGGCGGAAACAAAGGAGGAACUAGCUCUGCCGCUGGCUCAGGAUCAGGCUCUGGCUCAUCCUCUACUGGAAACAACGGAGGAACUAGCUCUGCCGCUGGCUCAGUCUCAGGGUCUGGCACUAGCUCUGGCGGAAACAAAGGAGGAAAUAGCUCUGCCGCUGGCUCAGGAUCAGGCUCUGGCUCAUCCUCUACUGGAAACAACGGAGGAACUAGCUCUGCCGCUGGCUCAGGAUCAGGCUCUGGCUCAUCCUCUACUGGAAACAACGGAGGAAAUAGCUCUGCCGCUGGCUCAGGAUCAGGCUCUGGCUCAUCCUCUACUGGAAACAACGGAGGAACUAGCUCUGCCGCUGGCUCAGGAUCAGGCUCUGGCUCAUCCUCUACUGGAAACAACGGAGGAAAUAGCUCUGCCGCUGGCUCAGGAUCAGGGUCUGGCACUAGCUCUGGCGGAAACAAAGGAGGAAAUAGCUCUGCCGCUGGCUCAGGAUCAGGCUCUGGCUCAUCCUCUACUGGAAACAACGGAGGAAAUAGCUCUGCCGCUGGCUCAGGAUCAGGCUCUGGCUCAUCCUCUACUGGAAACAACGGAGGAAAUAGCUCUGCCGCUGGCUCAGUCUCAGGGUCUGGCACUAGCUCUGGCGGAAACAAAGGAGGAACUAGCUCUGCCGCUGGCUCAGGAUCAGGCUCUGGCUCAUCCUCUACUGGAAACAACGGAGGAAAUAGCUCUGCCGCUGGCUCAGGAUCAGGCUCUGGCUCAUCCUCUACUGGAAACAACGGAGGAAAUAGCUCUGCCGCUGGCUCAGGAUCAGGCUCUGGCUCAUCCUCUACUGGAAACAACGGAGGAACUAGCUCUGCCGCUGGCUCAGGAUCAGGCUCUGGCUCAUCCUCUACUGGAAACAACGGAGGAAAUAGCUCUGCCGCUGGCUCAGGAUCAGGCUCUGGCUCAUCCUCUACUGGAAACAACGGAGGAACUAGCUCUGCCGCUGGCUCAGGAUCAGGCUCUGGCUCAUCCUCUACUGGAAACAACGGAGGAAAUAGCUCUGCCGCUGGCUCAGGAUCAGGGUCUGGCACUAGCUCUGGCGGAAACAAAGGAGGAACUAGCUCUGCCGCUGGCUCAGGAUCAGGCUCUGGCUCAUCCUCUACUGGAAACAACAGAGGAAAUAGCUCUGCCGCUGGCUCAGGAUCAGGCUCUGGCUCAUCCUCUACUGGAAACAACGGAGGAACUAGCUCUGCCGCUGGCUCAGGAUCAGGGUCUGGCACUAGCUCUGGCGGAAACAAAGGAGGAACUAGCUCUGGCUCUGGCUAUGGAUCAGGCUAUGGCUCUAGCUCUGGCGGAAACACAGGAGGAACUAGCUCUGGCUCUGGCUAUGGAUCAGGCUUUGGCUCUAGCUCUGGCGGAAACACAGGAGGAACUAGCUCUGGCUCUGGCUAUGGAUCAGGCUAUGGCUCUAGCUCUGGCGGAAACACAGGAGGAACUAGCUCUGGCUCUGGCUAUGGAUCAGGCUUUGGCUCUAGCUCUGGCGGAAACACAGGAGGAACUAGCUCUGGCUCUGGCUAUGGAUCAGGCUAUGGCUCUAGCUCUGGCGGAAACACCGGAGGAACUAGCUCUGGCUCUGGCUAUGGAUCAGGCUUUGGCUCUAGCUCUGGCGGAAACACAGGAGGAACUAGCUCUGGCUCUGGCUAUGGAUCAGGCUAUGGCUCUAGCUCUGGCGGAAACACAGGAGGAACUAGCUCUGGCUCUGGCUAUGGAUCAGGCUCUGGCUCUAGCUCUGGCGGAAACACAGGAGGAACUAGCUCUGGCUCUGGCUAUGGAUCAGGCUUUGGCUCUAGCUCUGGCGGAAACACAGGAGGAACUAGCUCUGGCUAUGGAUCAGGCUAUGGCUCUAGCUCUGGCGGAAACACAGGAGGAACUAGCUCUGGCUCUGGCUCAGGAUCAGGCUCUGGCUCAUCCUCUACUGGAAACAACGGAGGAAAUAGCUCUGCCGCUGGCUCAGGAUCGGGCUCUGGCUCAUCCUCUACUGGAAACAACGGAGGAAAUAGCUCUGCCGCUGGCUCAGGAACAGGGUCUGGCUCAUCCUCUACUGGAAACAACGGAGGAACUAGCUCUGGCUCUGGCUAUGGAUCAGGCUUUGGCUCUAGCUCUGGCGGAAACACAGGAGGAACUAGCUCUGGCUAUGGAUCAGGCUAUGGCUCUAGCUCUGGCGGAAACACAGGAGGAACUAGCUCUGGCUCUGGCUAUGGAUCAGGCUUUGGCUCUAGCUCUGGCGGAAACACAGGAGGAACUAGCUCUGGCUCUGGCUAUGGAUCAGGCUCUGGCUCUAGCUCAGGUGGAAACAUUGGCGGCUGGGGUUCUGGUUCAAGUUCAGGGAGUAGCACUGGGUCUGGCGUGGGUGUUACAGUUAUCGAACCAGUCAUCCCCGGAAUUGUACAUUACCCGCAAUCAAAGGGCAAACUGUGCAUUUGCUUCGGUAGCUACUUUGAGAUGCCAGCAGUCCUUCGCAAUCAAUUUAGAUUUUACUAAACCGAUAUCUAGAAGUAAGCAAGCAUUUUAAAAAUCAAUCUAUGUAUUGAACCAAAAAUAUUAAUAAAUGAAUAAUGAAAU